AUGGCGCUGCUGGAGCUGGUGCCCCUGCUGGGGGGCGCGGCCGUCCCCAAGCCCGUGGGGUGCCUGGCGUGCGGAGAGCGGCUGCCGUCGGCGCGCGCCCUCGUCACGCACCUGGUGCGCAGGCACUUCCGCGGCUCGCCGUUCCCGUGCCCGUCGUGCGGCGCGGCCGUGCUCACGGUGCGGCAGCUGCAGCACCACCUGCGUCGCCACGCCGGCGAGCGGCUGCACCCGUGCUCGCGGUGCGCGCGGCCCUUCGCCACGGCGUCCAGCCUGCGGCGCCACGAGCGCCUGGGCCGCUGCGCCGACCGCCACCACGCCCUGACGCACGAGCCGCGGCGCCGCAAGCGUGGCGGCAAGUGCGCGGCGUGCGGCACCCGCUUCGCCGUCCUCGCCGAGCUCUACGCCCACGAGCGCUCCAUCCACGACCGCUACCGCACCUACGCCUGCGAUCUGUGCGAGCUCGCCUUCUCCCGGUCCGCGUCGCUGCUCAAGCACCUGCAGCGCGCGCACGCCACCACCACCGCCUCCAGGCUGCACCUCGCGCACCACGCCGCGCCGCUCACGCCGCCGCCGUCGCCGCCGCCCUCCACCAGUGCAGCGCCCGAGCGCCCCGACGACCUCGAACUGACGGCCUUGGCCUCUGCAGAGCAGCCAGCCCUGGAAACCCCGAGCACCCCGCCAGCGCCCCCGGGACCCGCCGAACCUGCCAGUCUGGCGCCUACACUGCAACACCACGGCGUGGGAAACCUGCCGCCAAAGAAGCGAGGACGACCGCGGAAGUCAGAGCAGAGAGACAAGUCAGCCCCUGCACUGCAAAACUGUGAGACAGACAAUCCACCACCAAAGAAGCGCGGACGACCAAGGAAGUCCGAGCAAAGGGACAAGUCAGUGCAGAGGGACCAGUCAGAGAAAAGGGACAAGUCAGAGCAGAGGGACAAGUCAGCCCCUGCUCUGCAAAACUGUGAGACAGACAAUCCACCACCAAAGAAGCGCGGACGGCCACGGAAGUCCGAGAAAAGGGACAAGUCAGUGCAAAGGGACAAGUCAGCGCAGAGGGACAAGUCAGAGCAACGGGACAUGUCAGCCUCUGCACUGCAAAACUGUGAGACGGAAAAUCCACCACCAAAGAAGCGCGGACGGCCACGGAAGUCCGAGCAGAGGGACAAGCCUUGCAGUGAGAAGCAGCGGGAGGGGCCAGGGCAGGACCCUCUAGAGGCGCUGCGCCUGCCGGGGUCGGUGCCUCCGGAAUCCGCCGGACCUUCGAGUCCGGCCGCGUCGCCGCACGGGACGGUGCACUCGGCGCCGAAGAAGCGCGGCCGGACUCGGAGGCCCGAGCAGAGCGACAGGCGGUGCAAUCCGCGACUCAGCGUCAAACUGUUCGGCAAGCCCGCGGAGACGCGCCUGGAGAAGUGGAGGCGCUACCAACUGGUGAGGAGACAGAGUCUGGAAAUGCGCCGCCUGGCCGCGCCGAUGUGCCUGCCACUGCCUGCGAGCCUCGCGCCGCCCGUCCGACCCUCGGCCCGCGCCGACGACGCCCUGGGAAGCCCGACUCCGAAGAAGCGAGGACGUCCACGGAAGUCCGAGCAAAGUGGAAUGCCGAGUGGUGCAAAAGGCCCCAAGCACACUGCCAAACUGAGUGCAAAACCAAGUGGCAAGCCGAGGAAGCAACUCGGUGAAUCAAACGGCAGGCCGAGCAUGAAGAAAAGUCCGAAGCUCGACCGCAAGUUGAAUGCGAAUCCCUGUGUGAAACUCAGUCGGCUCAACAAGAGACGCAUGGAGACGUUAAUCGGUACUGAAUUUCCAGAAAAGAGUCCUUCAGCGCCGUCAGGCCCUCCACAGCCUGAGCCCGAAGUCCCCGACCGUCCACAAGAACCAGCAGGGCCCUCAAGCCUGGCCCCGGAGCUGCACGACCCAGCGGCUGCAAUGGAACACUCGCCACCAAAGAAAAGAGGACGACCACCAAAGUCUGAGAAAAAUCACAUGCAGCCAAGUAGCAAGCAAGACUUGAAGAGGAGCCUGAAAAUCAGCAGCAAACUCAACGCAAAGCUGUGUGUCAAACUGAUCAGCAAGCCGACGAGGAAGAAGCUGGAGAAAUUAAGGGGCGUGAAAAAUCUGAAGACAAGGCUAAGCGGGGAUAAAGAGUCCAGUGUGAAACUGAUCGGCAAGCAAACUAAGAAACAUCCAGGCAUGCCAAAUCUGGAAGGGAGCGAGGAAACCCUAAGCACUCCUGCAGUGCCCAGCCCUCCUGGAUUGGUCCUUGCUGGUUCGGAGUUUCCCGAAGUCGCCAGACUACAAAAUGUGGCUCUCGCAACGCAGCCCGAAGGGUCGGAAAACUCGCCGCCGAAGAAGAAGCGAGGCCGGCCACGCAAGUCGGAGCGGCGCGAGGUAUCGAGCGUGCAGGCAGAACUUGGCGGCAAGCCGACCAGGGGGCAGCUCGAUGACAGCGCGAGUGGCAAGCAAACUCCGGGGAAAAGGCCCAAGCUGAGCGGAGAGCAGCGAGCCGCGACGCGUGUGAAGCUAAGCGGCAUGGCGUGUCCGAAGCAACUCGGCAGACUAAGCGGCCCGAUGGCUGGAAAGCCGAGCGAGAAAGCCCAAGGCAAGCGGAGAGGCCAAGCGUUCCAGCCGCUUGGCAGCGUGCAGGGCCUGGCGAGCGGCGCGCGAAGCGGCUCCAAGAACGGCCUCAAAGUCGGCGUGCGGAGCGGACCCAAGAGUCGAGUCAAAUGGGGGUGCGCAGAGUGCGGCGCGCAGUUCGCGCUGGAGUGGUCCCUCAAGGGACACUUACUUCGCACCCACUUACAGCACGCUCAGUUAAGCGUGCGUUAGCGUGUAGUUUGUGUUGUUAUUGUUGUAAGUGUGUGUGUGAGUGUCGUGUGUAUGUGGUGAUACUGUGUUCAGAGAGACACUUUUGCUGUGAAAUCAUUAUGAAAACCCAUAGGCUGUGAUGUUAUGUCCACGAUCGUGUUUUGCAAUUCAUGUAUUCUGUUUCUUUUGUACUUUGACAGUUUGUACACAUUAAAUGCACGUGGUGCGGACUCAUCUUAA